AUGAACGCCGGACAGCAGACAACGAGGCGCCUGGCCUCAAGAGCUGGUCAAUCAAUAUGCCGUUCAUGUAGAGACACCAUCACCCGCACAUACGCAUCCGCCGCUGCUGCAGCCAUCCAGACCGACGACCAAGCUGCCCAACAUAUCCCCCCCGUUGCCCAGGCUUCGCCGUCAGCCUCUUACGCUGUCAACGCCGGUGUUGUCCUGUCCCGCCCCCCACAAAUAACACGCGACCUCCACCCAUUCGAAGCCGCCUUCUUUCUCUACCAAAGACGUCUGAACGAACGACUUGCGCUGCCCUUCACAAGAUAUUUCUACGUCAAGAAACGAACACCUGCAGAUCUAGAAUGGAAACGAAAAAUGAAGCAACGGCUGACCCCCGCCCGCGAUAUCGGACGAUACCAAGGUUACGGAGAGGAAGCCUGGAACGACGAAGUUCUCGUGGGAGCACAAGAAAGUGAUUUCGAACACCAGGUCGGGAAGCUUAUAGAAGACGCUGAGCAGUCUGGCCUGGAGGACGCUCCAGAUACCACUGGCGCAAAAAAGAUGGAGCGCGAGCCCGUAGAGAAGCCGAUGCCGAGGAUAACAGAGGCGGAUCAGAAGAACGACACCAAGAGCUUGAACCGCGCACUGCAGAGAACACUAUACCUGCUUGUCAAGAACAAGGAGGGGCAAUGGCAGUUCCCACAGGAUCGCCUAAACGAGGAGAACCUACACGGUGCGGCAAACCGUAUUAUCACACACACUGGUGGCGUCAACAUGAACACUUGGCUCGUCGGCCACGUGCCAGUUGGCCACCACCAAGUAGACUACCGCGAGCCCAAAUCUGCAGGAGACCUCAAGGAGUACGGCGCAAAGACUUUCUUCCUCAAGGCACGCAUCAUGGCUGGACAAGUUAAUCUCAAGGAAAACAAGCUUGGCCUCCAGGACUUCAAAUGGUUGGCCAAGGACGAAUUGCAAAAGGAGGUGGAUGGCAGCUACUGGCGACAGAUUAAGAACAUGCUGGCAGAGCGAUGA